AUGAGCGAGGAGAAGCGCUUUUACUAUCUUCGUCUGAUGGCCAAGCCAGGAGGCAAACCAAUCAAAACCAAGUUUGUCACCUGGUCAAAGGACGAUGAGACUUCUUCCACUUCUCGCAAUGAUCAACAGUUAGAGGUGAUUUUUCAUGAUCAUCUUUCCUCCGCGUAAUUUAAUUUUUAUCGUUGUUCUUUGUAAGCAGAAGAUUAAUUCAACGAAUCUCAUGCUAUUCAAGCUCUCCACUGAAAUUUUUUUGCUCUGACUUUUUUAAGUUCAUUUUAGAGACCAUAUUUCUUCGAAGUGUGUAGCUUGUUUGAAAUGAAAGUUUCGAAAGUUCAUUGAGUUUUUUAAAUAAAAAGGCCUGGUAUAUGUUUGUUAUUGAACGAGAUGGCUGAUUUUCUUGCAAAAACUUGUUUUAGAGUUGCCAAUGGCUUCUUGCUUCUCGUUUCUUCUUGAUAAUCAUCCUGCCCACUUUUUUGAACUCUUUGUAUCUCUUCCAAGACAGCUAUAUAGCAGAAUCUCGUCUCACUUAAAUUUUGAUUGCUCGUGAUUCAUUCAGCGAUCGGCUCAAUUUUACGGCAUACUGCUUUUAUCUGCCCAUUUCAUUUACGUUUGUUGGCGAUUUUGUGUAAUGCUCUCCCGUUUUCUCGAUUACACUUCAAUUUAUUCCACAAAAAAACCUGUUCAACUUUUGAACCUCUUUUAGUAGUAAAUUCUGAAAAUUUUGGUUUUUAUCGGGUUAUUAACUGAAAAUAACUCCUUGAAAUAAUUUUUUCCCUGCGAAUCUAAAAUCAGACGUUUUACUCAAUUUUUGGGUUGGCGUGAGAAAUAAAAGUGUUUUGACGGGGUGGCAAGAAAAACUACCAAAAUAAAAUAUUCUCUUUGUUUUUCUCACCGUCCCGAUGUUGAUUCUUGAGUUGAUGAGGAACUUCGUUAAUCUUUCCUUCAACAGCCGCGUUCUUUUGAAAAGACAAUUUUGACGGGUGCUCAAGAAAAAAGAAGAACAGGAGAACGAGAAAAAAAAACUUGUAAAAUUACAAGUUUCACGCUUCGAAGCACUCGCUAAAAGCUCGAAAUGCUGCCAACCCCGAUUUUCGAGGAACACAUGCUCACCUGUGGUGACUGUUCGCUUAGUCCAACAAUCGCGCUUCAUCCAUCAAUCCGCAAAGCCGCCGACCCAUUAGUUGUUGCAAAAGAGACAAACGGUCCCAAUUUUUUUGUUUUUUCCCCUUGUUAGCGCUGAUAAAUCGGAUCCUGAGAUGAUUUGUGUGCAAAGCCCCGUGGCACCUAUACAACCUGGACGUAUACUGAACGCCGGACUCCGAUUAUUGACACCGUAGGCCAAGUUAUGGGUUGCACCGCUACGAGUCCCGCGUCGAUCCAGAGACGUUAAAGUCAAUAGGAAUAGCAACCAUAUGUCCGCCAAUCUAAUUUUAAACCGGGCCUAUCUGAGCUUUUUUUUAAAGAAAGCUUAAACUUACCAAGUUUGAUAUAAUAGAAAAGGAAAAUGGAGAAACUUCACAGCUUUUUGGCUUCUACUAGUUAAAACUAGUUUUCGCAAACAAAAAAAUUUUUGAUGUUUUUUUUCAGGGUCAAGGGUUAAAAAUCGGAAAUAUUCAAGCUAUAUUGAAAUGAAAAUAUAUUUUCCGCACUCUUGAAGUUUUCAAAGCAAGUCAAAUCAAAUCAAAGAUGUGAAUUUUGUGCAAGUAUUUAAGCAUAUCCUUCAUCCCGGAAAGAAAUUUGAAUUUUUUUUUAAACUUUCAUUCCUGUUUUUGAGUUUAGUCGAGUCACUGUAUCGCUCGACUACGAAGACAACCCAAAACAUGUGGUUUCACAGACGACAAAAAAAACAUUUUUCUCAAGAUUUGACAUUCUCAAAACUUCUAUUAUUCCAGAGCCAGGCCAUGCGGGUAGUACGAACCAUCGGUCAAGCGUUCGAGGCAAGCUUUUAUCAGAAGUCACUUGAGAAAAAUCGCUUUCAGGUGUGUCAUAAGGUGGCGCAAGAGCAGAUGCAGGAAAAACAUGAAGAUGAGGCUGCCAAAAGCAAAAGUUAGCCAUUUAGAGCACUGGUUGAAACAGUAUUGUGUUUUAGUUUCGAUGGCUUCAGACGACGAAGGAGUACCGGCGUUAGAUGUGAUCGAAGAGAAAGGGGUUAAAGAAGAAGGAAGCCGAAGUACUUCUCCGAUGGAGCCUCCUGCCUUGGGAGGUCCGCUCUACGGAAAAAGAAUGUCUCUAGUGAGUAUCAAGCAAAAAAAAAUUUUCCAUUUUUGAACUUGUCGCGUAACAGUUUUCUCUAUUAUUUUUCAUCCUUUUCUUUUUUAAAAUGCUUCCCGUAACUAUUUUCAAAACUGCAUCUGAAAAAAAUGUUGUGGUUUUCAUUUUGAUGUUUGCGAGGGUUGAAAAUCGAUGUUUCAAUGAUUUAUUCGCUGAUUCUUGAAGUCCUGAAAGCAACUAAUCUCUACUUAUUGAAGUUUCUACCAUUAAUUUCUAGACAAGCCGAAUAACUUAGGGAAUCGGUUUUUCCAAUAUCAAGAGUUUGACCAAAAUUUCAAAUGAUCAUCUUUGUUUCAUCUGGAAGUUUCAAAGAUUUUUUUCUAUUGUAUGAGGACUUCCCUGGACCAUUAACCUAACCAGAUUGAAGUCUUGCGUUGUUUUGAGGAAGUAUUAGGCUUAAAGUCUGCUGUCAUCCGAUCUGCUGCAUGCAUCGGCUCAUAAUACAGCCGCGUGGAAAUUCGAGUAAAUCCUGUAGAUACAAGUACUCGUUGCAGUUUCAACCGCGAAAGAUGUCGACUGGGAGUUCUUCGGCAGGCACGGCGAUCGACACCACCGUCGUGCACGUCGAAGCGCAAGAAGUUGCCAACACGGGGAAUCCCAUCCUCCAAGCAAAAGCUACGGAGAUCGUGCCGCAACUUCAGCCUCAGAUGGCCGUUCCAUUCAGCCAAAAACAACAGGGGUGCGGGUUUAUGUCCUGUUAACAUUUUACGAUAUUGUUCGACUAUUCAGUUUCAAUGGUACUUAAAAAAAAUUGAGCUCAUAUGUUACCAUUUUUUUUUUCCUGAUUCAAUAACAUAAAGCUGCGCUUUUGAAGCGUCUAGUCAUGUAAAACUAUCGCAAAAAGUUGAAUUUCUUACAAUUUUAUUUUUCGAAUACUUCUAGACUGAAAAAGCUCACAAGAGAGGUCAUUUUACUUUGUGAUUGGAAUUUCUCAAAAAAUUGGCCAGAUGCAGCAAAAGAAGAUUCUGAAAUCUCAACCGGCAGAACUUCCUCGUCUUUGAGUGAAGACGCCUCAAAGUCAAAGAAAACCAUCAAAAUCCAUAAAAAAGCCAUUAUUUUUAGAUAACUAGGAAGUUGUGCAGGUUGACACUUUCAGGAUCUUUAUCUGGUACAGUAAGAAGUGUCCUGGCCAAUUUUCAGCAAAUGCAUAACCAGAAUGUAAAAUGACCUCCCCUUGUCAGUUCAAUCUCUCAUUGUCCACGUUUUUUUGGCCCUUAGAAAAUCAAAUUUUCUUAAAUUAUUGAUUUCCUGAUUUUUUUAAACUGUAGGUCUCAAAUGUUUUUAUACAAAAACCUAAAGUUUUAGAAUGUCUGGCCUGAGUAUCCCCCAGCAGUACAACACCAUGCCGGCGCAAAGCAGUUAUACUACAGCCCCACCUCAAAAUGCACUACCUCAUGAUCAAAGCCAAGUGAUUUUCAUCUCAGUGAACUCAAUAAUCGAAAAAUUGUUCAGAGAAUGAUGCAAAUGCCAAACAUGCCUUACUCGGCGACGUUACCGCACAGCAGGACUUGGGCAGCACCUCAUAUAACGCAAUAUCCUCAAGCCGUCCAGUCGUUAGAUCAACCCCUUCCUAUGUUCUAUCCGGUUAGUGGCUUUGAAAAUGACCAAAAUUGAAUCCAUGAACAUUCAAGUUUGUUUCUACCGCGCUGGCAAGCUUUUGAAAGUGAUAAAAAUCGAAUGAGCACUAAGACGAAUGCUUAUUUUCAGCUUUUUUUGAAGCUGAGAUUAUUUUUUAAAAAAUUUUUCUCCAUUCUCAGAGUAUCGAUAAAAAACUCAUUGGAAACCAAUUCUUAUACUUUAAUCUACUUCUUACUUAAAAAAAUAAUUUUUUUGACUCUGAUAUUUUUUUAUUAUUCAACUGUUUUGAGAUUAUUCAACUUCAGAAAAAAACAGUAUUUUUCAUCUAGCGCUCCACCAACAUCAGAAACCUUUUUUUCUCAUCAAUCAAUAGGAAAUUUGAAAGAAUAACCAGACUGAAAAACUUGAGAAAGGGGAGAGCUAACAAUUUUUUUAAUGAAGUUUUUUUCAAAAAUUUCAAACUACCAAGAAAACUUUUUUGAAAUUUUCCUCUGUGAAAAGUCUUUCUUGUCCCUUUUUGUCGCGGUUGAAAAACCACCAGAAAAAAAUUCAAACUAACUGCCUAUCACAACUCACCAAUGAUUGAAAAUUGGUUCAGCUAUCCGGAAUGAUGCCAUCGUCCUCUUCCAUGCCAUUCGGACUGUCACCACCGGUAAUGGUGUCGCCGUACGCAACUUUACAGCUGAACAACAUGCCCACAGCCCUCGACCCAAAUGAUCCAAACGCGAUGACACUUGAGCAGGUGUCCUUUUUGCAGCCCGACAGCAUUUAUCUUCCGUAUUCAGUACAACCAGCAGUUAAUGCGUUCGCAACUCGAUCAAGCACAGCAGUCGGCGCAGGUCGCCGGGUGCCAAGUGCAGUUGCUCAGAGACCAGCUAACAUCCGAAACAACGGCGCGUCUAGAAGCUCAGGUUUGCAUGUUUUGCAAAAUUGAUGAAACUUGAGAAACUUUGAAAAAUCGAAAAUCGAUUUCUUGAUUUCUUUUUCAACAUUCAAUCUGCACGAUUCUGUGUGCAUCAAGUUCGAAUUCCUGUGGUCAAUAGGGUGAAUAUUUUGAAGCACAAACAGAAACCCAGUACAACCCUGCUGAAAAUGACCAUAGCUCGCGAAAGAAUUAACAAAAAUUUUCAAGCCUAACUCAUUUUUCUUUAAAAGUAGUCGCGUCAAGAGAUCCGGACAAGAGAAAACAAAUUCUCCUCAAUAAAAAACUUCUCUUCAAGACUUUUUUCAGUCACGAACGCAUCAGCUUUUAUCUGCCAAUCGUGAACUUCUCGAACAAGUUCAAAAUUUGGUGCAACGGCUACAAAUGCUCGAAACCAAAAUAACGAGCGAAAUUCAACACAGCACUGGGGUACAAAAAAAACUUCUCAUUGAAAUAAUUUCAAAUGUAGGACUCUCCAAAAGCAAUGUUACCGAAAUCAUCAACAUUCGACAACAGAGAUUUGAGGGUACCCGCAGGUUCUUCAGUUAAACCUAAUCUUCCUUAUCAGGUGAACAAAAUGAAGUUUUUUUUAAUCAUUGAGCGUUCAGGUUCAACCGUUAGCUGACCUACGUGCAGGGUCUCUACCACCGGCCAAAGAAGUACGCGAAAGAAAACGAGACGAAGGAGCACGAACCGAGCCUGAAAGCAACAAUGACGACACGACAGACUAUUCCAGUAGCGAUCAGGUAAUUUUUUCUUCUUUUCUUUUCAAAUACCGAUUUUACAGUACGAAAAAACUUCGAAUUUGAGACCCUCACAUUUUAACAUUUUGAUGUCGAAUCCCCUAGCGGAUAUAAAUGUUCCAUCAACAACGGCGCCGAUAAAACUUCAACAAGAGGUUUUUUUUAAACUUUUAUAUGAAGAUGUGGUUUUACCCGGAUCUAUGGAUCUGUUCUAUCCUCAGGAAGGUGUGAACUUUCCGAUAGAAGAUUUAAAAAAAUGCGUGGUUUUGGCUUAACGUUGAAGUGGAAGAAAUUUUGAGGAACUGAUCUUUGAAAACGGAAAGAGGAGUUUCGCGAAGAUUUCAGUCGAAUUAAUAAAAAAAUAUAAGCCCUUUCCAAAAAUGACUUCUUUGAAAUGUGUUUUGAAAUGAAAAACUAUGAUCUUUGCAGUUCCAAGAUGACGAAGCGCAGCCAAGCGUUUCCACCUCUCCAAGAAGAGAACGAAGAGGAACCAGCGGAAUCUUACGAGGAGACAAGGACUUUGCUCGGAUGUCUUUCAAUCCUCGGUACCAAAAACUCCGACUUCAAAAAAACUUUUCAAAAUUUCAGAAGGUUAAUGAGAGAUCGUGACGUCAUAGAAGACGCCGUCGACGAGACGCCGCCUACGCCGGAGACUUCUCGCAGAAAACCAGAUGAAGACAAUCCACCAAGUCCAUUGAGACGGGAUAAAGUCACUGUUGAGUCUCUGUUCAAGCCGGCUGAGGCCGAUUUGGGAGAGCGAGAGCCAGUUGUGUCACCCAGAAAAAAUACGGUUCGUUUAAAAAAGAAGGAAUUUUAUCCUCAAAAAAUUUCAGACAUUUUCCAUAGCGCCAAACACCGGUCUUCCUGCCAGCUCAUCAAUAGUUACGGCUAUGUACCCGCCGAUCCGAAAACAAACUGGAUCUACGGCAAAGGCAAAAUUUUAAUUUUUUUUAUGGUUCAAUUAAAAUCAGUGGCUCAAUAAGUAGCGCUUUCGAAGCAGCUUUCAGAUCAAAUCGUUUGAACAGGAGCUACUUGCACGUAUAGUCAAUCCAUCCCGACUUGAAACGCGAGAGAGACGGAAAAGUGUGCGGGACGCGUAGCUUGCGCGUACGCGGUUCUUGGCACGAGUUCAAUUUAAGCGCCGCCGACUACUUAAAAAGCUCAGCCACCGCACUUUUCGUUUCUAUCCUACUAUUUCUUGAUGCGAAAAUGAAAAAAAUCGAUCAUUAUUAAAAAAAAUCGAUGAAAAAAGCGAAAAAAAGCUUUCCAAACAGUCGCUGGCGGUUAAAUUAAACUAGUACCAAGAACCGCGAACGCAAACGCUACGCGUCCCGCCCCUUCCUUCGGCUUUCAAGCCGGGAUGGAUUGAAUCAUACAAUUGACGAUAUAACGCCGCUUGAGCGCGCAAACCAGAAUUCAAACUCGCCGUUAAAACACUAAAAUACACUCAAAAUAAGUCCAUUUUUCCAGCCGAAAAUCGACAUUCUUCGAAAGAAAACCUUGAGAACACUUUCGGUCGAUAUUGGCGAUGAACCGACGAGCAGCGAUUUCAACAAAAAUGUUCCACCUCGGAAAAAAGAAGAAAUCGAAAUAAAAGACAUUGAAGACUAUAUUAAGUAUGAUUUCCAUCGGAACGUUUCAAUCAUGUGAUUAUUUUUUCCAGCCGCAAUGUGGACCGCACAAAACUGCCGGAGACGUCGUUGCUGGCAAGGCUAACUCGGCAGGGCGAUCAGCCCUCUUUAGGCAGUUUACCAAACGGCUACCCUUCUUAG